AGGGAAUUGUGGGAAAUUGUUACUAGAGAAAAAUAACAUUUUUAUUUCUGUUAUUUAUAUUCACUGAUUUUGGGCGAUCAGAAGGAUUGUGCGUGCUGUCAUGUAUUGCUAAGCAUCCCACUAUGACGUUGGAACAGUCCAAGAUGUCGGCAAUGUUCCUAGGUGGCGCUAUGCCAAGUAUGGAUGCCAUGGAAACCUUCAUCGCAUCCUUGGAUGAACAACUUGAGCAAAAUGCCAAUGAGCUAGAAGAUUGUGUGACGGAAAUAUUUAGAUUGACCAAUAAAGUGCCUGGGAUGAGAUCUGGCUUCGAGGAGCCUACGGAUAUGAUUCAUUUCAUGACGCAGGGCAAUUUGAUGGAAAAGACUUCUUGUUACGAUCCAGAAUCAGAAGAUAUUACUCGUCUCCUACGGAAUCUGUUACACAUCCUUGAGAAAAAUCCAGGUAGCGAGAAUGAAGUGCUACAGAGCUUGCUAGAGCUCUCUGAAAAAGAAGGUGUGUCUCUACCAAUCAGAUCGUCUAUUACAGAUCAUGUGACUGAUUCGUUAGCGUCAUUGAAUCUUGUUACAGAUUCUGGUGAACAAGUUAAUGAAUCCCUAUGGGAAGAGCUAACAAUGAAAUUACGACGAUAUUUCAUUGAGAAACUCCAUUGUGAUUUACGUAACGAUGAAAUUAAAUCAAAAAUCACAUUGCAGGAACGUCUCGAAUAUGUGCAAAGUUUAUGUGCCUUAUGUCCCCAUGAGGAAAUAUGGUCACGUUACAAAAGUUUACGAUUAAAACAGCUAUCAAAUAUAUUUACUCAAAACUUCAGUCAUACUCAACUUGAAGACAAUGUUACAUUUUCCCAGAUAGCUGAAAAAUUUCCAGAUAUUGCAGGUGCAAUUUUGGUAGAAAUUCAAACAGAUUUUGACCUACUUAUUAGCGGGGUAUUCAAGAAAACCGUCCAACCAUUUAGUGCAAUUCAUGAAAUUUAUUUAACGAAUCUCACAGAUGAACUUGGAACGAUUGUCGAAACAGUCGAAGAUGAAUUAGCAAAAAUCAACCUGUCUGGACCUCCUGGUAUUCCCAAAUCAGACAGUGUAGAGGCACCAAAAGGAAAAUUUAAAUUUGGUUACCUCAGAAAGGGCAUAUCAAACAGUUUAGAUAGUCUGUUAACAAAAUCUGGUGACAGCGGUGGCAUUGAAAGUUUCCUUAAGAAAUAUCUCCCGGGGCUGUGUAAAAUUGUGAGCAGGAUGCGAGACAUCGAAGUGCAAAUUUCACAUCUUAAGCACACAGUGAGUUGGGAUGUUACAUCUUCUCAUGUAAAUGCUCCGUCGAAAGCGAACUUAAAAGGCAUAAGGAAAGCUUUAGAUAGCAAAGAUUCCAUAUUAUCUGAGGAUAUAUGUGAUGUCAGUGGUCAUGUGACCAAUACAAGUGGCGCCCUAUUUGGGCCUGGUGUGUUAAAGCCUAGGCGUGAUCCGUCCCCAAUGAGUACACUUUCCAACAAUACAUCGUUGAAUGGUUCCUUUGAUAUACCACCUCCUUUUGGUGUGACGCAACAUAUGAUGUCAGAUCAUUCAUCAUUAGUUAGAGUUGUUGAAAAGGGGCGACCAGAAGAUACAGCUAAAUGGGACUGGCGGGAAGUUUUUAAACCUCUCAUCCCUCAGAUUGCGAAAGCAGUUGAAUCUGAGAUCCGAGAAGUGUGUGGUAAAGCCAUUGAUGACCUUGACCUCUGUUUGAAAGAUAGACUUGAGCCCGAAAGUAUCGAGCUUUGCCAAGAUGUGAUUGGUGGAAGGUUGGAUUUCCCAAAAUAUACAUUCAAGAGUGCAAAAAAUAUUGUUUCAUCAAUAUUAAAACUGCUCCCAUUGGUCAAAGUUGGGAACCUGACUCCGUUCCAUGUUGUGCGCUCCACCUAUAUUGAUACAGUUGUACUAAAUCUCCGCAACUACAGUAUGAAGUUAUCAAAGCUGUCGGGAAAUGUACCAAGUUCACAUUCUCUGAACACCCUGUACUUGAGUUUGUGUAGUGCCGCAUAUAUUCGCAACCACCUGUACUCCAUAGACAGCAUCCUAGCUUCUGAUGAUAGCAGCAAGAAAGUAUUUCCAUUGCUGUACAGACAAUUUUGUGAGCAGGUAGAUGUUUUAUCCCAACAGAUCGCUGACUACCAUGUGAAUGCGCUAGUGACCUCUAUAUUUCAUGAUGCAGAAGGCAACUAUUGGAGCGAUACUAAGGAAUUUUAUGAGAGCGAGAGAUGUAAUUUCACAAUACAAAUGUGGCAUCUCCAUAUGGUGAGACUCCGACAUGACUUAUGGCGGUUUUGUCCCCCAAAGCUGAGCCAGAAUCUUUUUGUCUCUGUCCUUCACGAUUCUCUCUCCCAUCUGUCAAAGCGCUACAUCAGGUGUAAGCCAUCAUAUAAGCGUACCACUCAAUUUCGAGUUGACAUCACAGCUAUUCUACUCUGCACAUCAGAAUUAUUGAUGUCAGGCUGUAACAGUAUAGGGAAAUACAUUGAUGCAUGUACCAAUGAGACACUAUUUUAUGGAAUACACAGCAUAUGUUUAAGUCUACUGGCAGCUGUGGCUGUUGUGGCUAGCCCUCUGGACCAGAUAUACAAGAUAUUCAAGAAAGGUUUCCUUCGGAAGAAAAAGCGUCACCAUGGCGACACAAUUGAAAACAGCAGCCCUGUCACUGAAUGGUUGCAUUGGAUACGGCCUGCCCUCUUUAAUAGCCAUGAGAAAGUGUACGAUGACAUACAAACUACAACAGCAGUGUAUCUCCAGGUCAAACUUCUAGCUGCUCAGCCAGAGCCUAACUGGGUUCUCACCCUUCAGGCAUUACUGAUGAAAGACUUCACAUUGACAAUACUCUUAGCCAUGCAGUGCUUAGAAAACUCUCUAGAAUUAAACUCGAAGCCUGCCCAGACACGCCCUAAGUAUACAGGGUGUCUCAAAGAAGACUGCCCUGGUAGUGACUGCAUUACUGGAACAUUGAGUGACCUACAGGGUGGGGUUUUCAAUUCACUUUUACAGCUGCUAGCCAUGUGUGAUGAUAUUCCUGGAGGGUUGUCGAAGGCUAUGUUACCAGUAAUAAGCAGGUCUGAUGGUUGGAUGAUCUUUGAUAUGAAAUGUGUGCCUGGCCGAUCUUUCCCAACACCAAACUGGUUGAGGGGCCUUUAUGAUGUCAUGAUGCCCUUCAUCAACAGGUUAAUUAAGCCUGCCAUUGAAGUACUGCUGGUUCCCCCUACAGUAAAGAAGAUGCCGUCAAUCACCUCACUUCUUGAAGAGCUCCCAUGUGGAUGUGUAUUAGAGGAGGACAAGAAAAAGCCGAAACAAGAUGAUAUGAGGGAUCUGAUCACAGAUGCACUGCAUCUUCUUGUUCAAACAUUUGCCAAUGAAGUGCAAUCCUUGCGUACUGCGAUUUGUGUGUUAUUCAAGACUAUUCAGAAUACACUACCAGAGAAACGAGUCAAGUCUCCCCAUGACUGUGCAGGGCUACAGGUCCUAGCCAGCUGUUUUCGAUAUUGUAUGUUAGACCAGGCCUAUAUAGAGACCCUACUAGAUACUGACUUACCACAAGAUAUAAAGGAAAGUGUUGUAAUGUUGGCUGAAAGUACCUACCAUGUUCUUACAUCUGAAGUACUAAGAGGUAGCAGGUCAAGUCAUGGAACACCCCGGAAUAUUCCAAGUGUGGCCAGCAGCUUCCUAAGGCAUAACAAACAGUGGGUCACGGAGCAAGUACAGACAAUCACAGACUUCCUGAACCAAGAGGGUUUUGAUGACCAGGAAAUGGGAGUGUUUACUGGUGCCCCCGAAGACUUUAUACAUCAGACAUUGUCAAUGCAGGCUAACCAUAUUCUAAGUCAAGCUAAAGGACGCAUGUAUUUACAACACAUUCACAAUGUUAUCAUCGGGAAUGUUGAUUGGCUACAAAAACAGCUUGAUAUUCAGCCCUUAUUACCAGUUCAUGAACCACCACAAGAUGUAGAAUUUAGUUUUAACCCAACCUUGGGUGUCAACGAAUUCAACCCUGUUGAAGCAUUCAACCAAAUUGGAACAUCAAAGUUUGAUCAUUUGUCUAUUGAUGGUUUUACAUGGGAUUGGCACCGUCUUCUACAAAGUGACUUAGGACUUUCCGAGAUAAAUUUCAAGUCUCUUCUCUACCAUAGACAUGAGCUUCAAGAUGGAGCAUAUCUUGAGGAGAAUGAGAAGCGUCCUGUUGAAGUUCUCCGGGCAAAGUUUGAUAAUGAGCCUGCUGACUUAGUUUAGGACAAUAAACCCAUUUCAACUUCUUAAAUCCACAUACAUGUAUGAGUAGCAGAUAUACUAGGCUAGUAUCAUUCCCAGAAUUUCUGAUAAAAAAUGGUUUUAACCUGAAUGUUGUUCAAUUUCAACAACACUAAGUGUGAUAGAAAAUGUUCGGUAGUGUCAUCAAAAUGAUCAUUAUAUGAAGGAGAUGCUUGAAAGAUAAAUGGAACAAUUGACCCCUACCUCAAUAAAAUAUAGGGGUAAGCAGUGCGAUUUUCUAAAUCGAUAUUGGGAAGACAGGGUCGCCGUUCACCCGCCAUAUAGCAAAUGGACUCGGUCAUACGGCUGGCAGGGAACAGAAUAAGUGUCGGAUUCAUUGGUUAAUCCUUGGGAACCGACUUAAUCAUGUAUCAUCAUUAUCAUGAGCUAGUACACAGCCAAUAUAAUUCGGCGCCGUUUCGGCGUCAAAAAAAUUUGGCGCUGUUCCG